CUAUCUUCUUACCAGAAGAUUUCAGUCCCUCUAAUAGACAACAAAAAUCUGCAAAACAUGCGCUUUUUCAAGUUGUUGCUGUCGGCUGGAAGUACGCUUUCACUAAAACUUUUAAACUUCCCAGUCGCAGAUUGUAAUUGAUCACCAGCUGUUUUUAGAGUGAGGUAAACAUGAGCACCUCGACUGCCCCCGAGCGAGUAAGCUGGACGGUUUUGUUCAGCAGUCUUGCUCUUUUUACCAUUGUGGGGAACUUCCUCUCUAUAGCGGUAUUCCUUAACAAUUCAAGACUUCGUCGCAUGCGCACAAGCCUGCUACUGAUCAACUUAGCGAUCGCUGACCUGCUCGUGGGCUCCGUUGCCGUUCCAAUGUAUAUGGUCUUCCAGUGGCCGGAAAGCGCCAUAGCGAGAGACUUUACUUUUAUCACCUCUUAUGACGCUAUUGAUCUGCUAACCGGCUUUGCGUCCAUAUUCAGCCUAUCUGCGAUUGGUUUGGAGCGUAUGUUCUCUGUUUUCUCCCCUCAUAGGCAUCGAGCGACUGGCAAAGUGCCUUAUUAUGCAGCUGUUAUGGUAUGUUGGCUGCUCUCCUCGCUGCAAGUUUUACUGCGCAUUUUGAAGGCCCACAAGAUUGUGGAGCUCACCGUCUUCUUUUACAACAUGAUGUUCGCACUGUCUUUUGCCUUCGUUGUCAUGCUUGUCACUUACACCGCGGUCUGGUACAAAGUACGGGCUCGUCAGCUCGAGCUGAGCGAUCGUGGGAGGAGCAGCAGAUUGUCAGUUGAACGAGAGCGCAGGCUCAUUCUGACUCUGGCAAUUGUCACCGGAUUCUUCCUCGUCACAUGGUUACCAUUUCAUUUGUUAAACAUUUCCUUGUUCUUCUGCGUUCAAUGUCGACAGCAAACGGCGAUCAAUUUCAUCCACGCAAUCAAACUUCUACAUUACAGCAAUUCGUUUGUGAAUCUGAUUAUCUACAGCUGCAGGUUCCCUGACUUCCGCCGAACGCUUUGUCAAUUUUUUGGAAAGACUAGGCGUGUUGAUCCUGACACGCAGUCAAAUGUAUUGGGACAUAUGAGUUUUCUAAACACGAACAACCGCAGUCCACCGGUAGAAAUGGAUGAGGGUAUUCCGAUUUCUUCUUACUCAGCAAGAAUUCAAUCCUCGGAGCAUUGUUAGAACUUAAAGCAAACACUAGGCCCAACGAAACUGUGAUAAUUCUUUCAAGCUCCUGUCAGUUUUUCUCCUCUUAUGAUUUUCCUAUUUAUAAUCAUGCGAGUCGAAGAUGUUUCCCGAAAAAUUGCGAUUACUGUCCAACCAAGAAUCACCCAGCGCAUCAAUCCCUGGUGCUCUCAAUUUUUUUGCCGGGAAAUAUUCCCUUCCGCCAUCCAACUCAGAAAAGACUCAAGGGUUGUUUGAAGGGAAAGUAAUUGAUGUUGAACCUACAGCUGAACAACUGAGAUCAAAAUAGGCAUCCUCUGCAUUUUCAUUUCAUUAGUACUCGUCAAAAGUUUCUUGCAGAAAAUUGUAGUGAGAUUAAUAUCCAAUUAGAUGGCCAUCCAAUUUGCAGGGUUAAACUUGCCAAAUCAUUAGGUUUAAUUAUUGAUGACCGACUUUCAUGGUCUUAUCACAUCAAAGAACUAUGCAGAAAGAUAUCCUCGGCAAUAGGUGCUCUGAGGCGCAUUAGGUCCCUCAUUUCUCAGUCCACUGCAGUACAAAUAUAUAACGCUUCAAUCCAGCCUCAUUUCGAUAACUGUGCCCCCGUUUGGGAUGGAUUGAGUUCUUAUCUAUUUGAGAAACUACAAAAAUUGCAAAACCGAGCAGCUAGGGUUAUUCUGCAAGCCAACUGUGAGGUAAAUUCAAGCCCGCUUCUUGAAACUUUGAAGUGGGACCAGCUAUCAUUAAGAAGAAGAAAGCAGAAAGCUAUAAUGAUGUUUAAAUCCCUCAACGGGUUAGCCCCAGUGUACUUGCAGGAUUUAUUCAGUGAGCAACACACAGACUAUGACUUGCGUGAUUCUUUCCGUAAGUUAAACUUACCUAAGCCGCGUACUGACUAUUUGAAACGUAGCUUUGUGGUGCCUUACUGUGGAAUUCUCUUCCUGAGAA